AUCGCCUGGGCUGUGACCCUCGGACACGUUUCCAAGUUCCACCAAACACCAAGCAGUGGAUCGCUUUGCUACAGCGAGGAAACUGCACGUUUAGAGAGAAAAUACUGCGAGCAGCUUCGCAUAAUGCCACAGCAGUGGUCAUUUACAACAAUAUAUCCAGUGAAGAACCUGUCACGAUGACUCAUCAAGGGACUGGAGACAUUGUUGCUGUCAUGAUUACAGAAUCAAAGGUUAAGGAGAUCCUGAAUUACUUGGAAAAGAAUAUCUCUGUCCUGAUGGCAAUAGCAGUGGGGUCCCGUGUUCCUCCAAAAAACUUCAGUCGGGGCUCUCUAGUCUUUGUGUCAAUAUCAUUCAUUGUUUUGAUGAUAAUUUCUUCAGCGUGGUUAAUAUUUUACUUCAUCCAGAAGAUCAGGUACACAAGUGCACGUGACCGGAAUCAGCGUCGUCUUGGAGAUGCUGCCAAGAAAGCCAUCGGUAAAUUGACAACCAGGACAGUAAAGAAGGGUGAUAAGGAAACAGACCCAGACUUUGAUCAUUGUGCUGUCUGCAUUGAGAGUUACAAGCAGAACGAUGUUGUUCGCAUUUUACCAUGCAAGCAUGUUUUCCACAAAGCCUGUGUGGAUCCGUGGCUUAGUGAGCACUGUACGUGUCCAAUGUGUAAACUGAACAUUUUGAAGGCACUAGGAAUUGUGCCAAACGUGCCAUGUACAGAUAACGUAGCCUUUGACAUGGAAAGGCUCACCAGAGGCCAGCCAGCUAGCAGGCGAUCAGCACUGGGCGAUUUUGCCAACGACAGCUCUCUCAGCCUGGAGCCCCUGCGCACCUCCGGGAUGUCACAGCUUCCCCAGGACGGAGAGCUAACGCCGAGGUCAGGAGAGAUCAACAUCGCUGUGACAAAAGAAUGGUUUAUUAUUGCCAGUUUUGGCCUCCUCAGUGCCCUUACACUCUGCUACAUGAUCAUCAAAGCCACAGCUAGCUUGAAUGCUAAUGAAGCAGAAUGGUAUUGAAGAAACGCUUUCCGGACGAUUGCCUUGGAGAGAGACACCUAUUUUUAUGCAUCAUUUAUCGAUCAUGCAGCACAAGCAAUUAUUUAGUACAUUCUAUUUUUUCAUAAAAUUUGCUGAUGCCAAAGCUUUGUAUUAAGGAAGAAGUGAAGAAAUAAAAAAAAACUUUAAUUAUGAAA